AUGGCGUACAGCUUAUCGCAGUCGUACUUUGGCGCGAACCUGAUUUCAGACUUCAACUUUAUCAACUAUGCCGACCCAUCCAACGGCUUCGUAAGGUAUCAGAGCCAGCCCGACGCCCUCGCAAAGAGCCUCUACUUCAUCGACCCGGACACGCAGGCCGUGACGCUGGGCGUGGACAACAAGAACACGUUCGUCCUCAGUGACGGACGGCCAAGUCUGAGACUGGAGAGCAAGAGGCAGUAUAAUCAUGGGUUGUUCAUCGGAGAUUUCGCGCAUAUGCCGCCGUCGGUUUGUGGGUUGUGGCCAGCGUUCUGGAUGUAUGGACCGGAUUGGCCUACAAGCGGAGAGAUUGAUAUCAUCGAGGGCGCGAACCAAGCUACGAAGAACAUCAUUUCCGGACACUCUACGUCAGGAUGCCGUAUCCCAGAUUCCCCCGCAGCCGCCGGCCAACCUCUCCUCCUCGACUGCGAAAGCCCAGGUACCACGAACAACGCCGGCUGCAACUACCUGCCCCCUGCCUCGGACACGCACACCUACGGAGACGCCUUCAACGCCGUCGGCGGCGGCGUCUACGCGCUCGAGUGGACCUCGGAGGCCAUCAGCAUCUGGCACUGGCCGCGGCAGAGCAUCCCGGACGACAUUGUCGCCAAGAACCCUGACCCCUCCAGCUGGGGAUUGCCGUCUGCGCUGUUUGGGACGUCGACGUGUGAUGUGGAUACGUACUUUAAGGAUAUGAGUAUUGUGAUUCAGACGAACUUUUGCGGUGAUUAUGCUGCCAACAUCUGGGGCAAGGAUGGGGAUACAUGUAACCAGCGGGCGCCGACGUGCGUUGAGUACGUGGCGAACAACCCUACCGCAUUCGCAAACGCGUACUGGGAGGUAAACUACAUCGACGUCUACGAACAAGGCCUCGCCACAAACACCACCGCCAGUCCGUCCGAACCGACAACGACGACGACGAUAAAGUCCACAUCGACAAUCUACACCACGGUCCCGAACCCGGCCACCAUCGUGACGAGCAUCACGCACAACGGCACCGUCAUCGUCUCCACCGCCACAGUGCAGUCCCAGGUAUCGUCCGUCGUCUUGUCCACCGUCGUGGGACCGACCGCCACGGCACCUCCAAGCCCCUCGACGGACCCCUUGGUCCCGGAGCGCGAGCCCGCGACGAUCGGGGAGUACGCGUACCUCGGCUGCUUCGGCUCCGGGACGGGGUUCCAAAGCUUUCUGCUAAAGGCCUCGGCGGCGGAUAUGACGCUGGGCAAGUGUAUUGAUCUCUGCAGGCCCGGGAAAUACGCCGGUGUCCGUGAAAGCGAAUGCUUCUGCGCAGACGACCUCGACCCAGACACCAGAGCAACGACAGACCGCGCCCUCUGCAACAGCCCCUGCCCAGGAAACAACACCCAACUCUGCGGCGGCACCACCACAACAUCCCCCUCCAAAAAGCGAGACGCCGCCCCGCGCGCUCAUGCACCUCCACCUCCACCGCCGCGCCGCGCCCUCAACCUACCUCCUGACAGUCUACGGCCGCCUCACAGACGAAGUACCCCCCAACGCCCCGCCCCUAGGCGACUCGGAACCCCACGUACCCUCCACCUCGACGCUCGUGACGACGGUGACCUACACCACCGUCUGCGCGACCGACGCGGCGCGCCUGACGCACGCGGAGCACUGUACCACGAUCCUGGUGCCGGGGUGCGACAAAUACUGCGGUGA